AUGUCAUAUAGUAAAAGACAUGAAUGGUGUUCGUCCUCGAUUCCCACCACAUUGUGUCCCUCAAAUGUUGACAAAUCGACACAACCUUGCCCUCUUCUAUCAUCGGCUUUUUCUUCAACAUUAUUGAUCACUAACAGUAACAGUCAUAGUGUUUCUAUCAAUACUGAUACCAUAUCAUCAGCAUUUGACUGUAAAGAAAACGACCAACUAACAACAUAUGUGCUAUCGUCUUCAUUAGAUUAUUCACACGAUUAUUAUACAAAAAAACGUAUUGAACAAUUACAUAAUCAUAUGGAUGAUAUACAAAUAUCAAAUUUUUUAAAAUUUAUUAAUUAUCAUUUAUCAUCAAAACAUGAAAAAAAAAUUGUUAAAGAUUUAUCACAAGAUUUAUCAAAUGGACAUAUAUUAAUUGAUUUAAUUGAAAUAUUUUCUUCAACAAAAUUAAAACGUGAAUAUGGUCGUACACGUUUUCAUUCAUUAACUAAUGUACAAUAUGUAUUAGAUUAUUUAAAAUUACAUAUGCAACAUAUAAAUAUAUCACCACAAGAUAUUGUUUCAGGUAAUCGUAAACAAAUUUUAGCAUUACUUUGGAUAAUAAUGAAAAUAUUUGAUUUUCCAUCAUUUCAUAUAACAACAAAUAAACAUAUAUAUAAUGAAAAUACAAUUUUUUCAUUUGGACAAGAUCGUAGUUUAUUACUUAAAUGGAUAAAUAAUUUAUUAAAUAAAAUUUUAAAUACAAAUAUUAUUUAUAUAAAAGAUUUUUAUAUACAAACAUGGAUUAAUAGUAAAUAUUUAAUAUUAAUUAUUAAAUAUUUAUGUCCAUGUAGUUUAAAAUAUGGUACAUUAGAAUAUUUUGAAUAUAUAAAUAAAUUAGAUGAAUUUAAUUUAUCUAAUAAUCAAAAAGAAUAUUUUCAAUUAUGUUUAAAUUUAUCAAAUUAUUGUUUUAAUACAAUAAUAACUAUUGAUUAUAGUGAUCGAACAGAAAAAAGUUUAUUUCAAUUUUUUUCUCAAUUAAAACAAACUAUUCUAUUUAUUUUAAAAUCAAAUCAUAUUGGAAAAUUAACAAAAACAAAUCCUUAUACUAAACAAUUAUAUGAUACAGUUUUAGAAACAACAAAUAUAGAACAUUCACAAACAAUGAAUGAAAAUGAUGAUUAUUUAAUCUAUAAUGAACAUAAACAACAACAAUCAACAAAUCCCCUGGAUGAAAUAGAGAAUUCGCAAAGUCUCAAUAAUGAUGUAAGCAACAACGAUUCACUUCCGAAAGAAGAAGAAAAUACAAUAUCAACUGAAAAAUUAGAACCAAUAACGAUUGAAAUUAUAAAUUCAGAAGAAUCUGUUGUUAAUACAGAAUCAUUAUCAUCUUCUCCUAAUAUAACAAAUAUUACACAAGAACAACAAUUAAUAAGUCAAAAUCCAUUAGAAACCAUUUCAUCUAUUAAUGAUGAAAAUCUUCAUAAUCAAAGUGCAUUAAAAUCUCGUAAAAUAAAAAAGAAAAAAUCAUCAACAUUAUCAAUUGAAAAACUUGCAUCGACUAUGGUUUCAACACCUACAUCGAAUGAUGAUUUAUUUGUUAAAAUAAUUGAAUGUUUACGUAAUCGAAAACUAAUUACAUUUAAAUAUAUUUUUAUUCUUGCUUGUCUUUGUUUUUCAAUACUUAUUAUUUUUAUUCAUAAGUGA